CCUCAGGAUGCUUUUGGGAAUCUCGGGCGGUUGAUUUCCUGGGCUUCUUCCUUUCAUUCGACCGGUAAGUGGCUGAUCUGGUUGCCCACCCUUUCCUCUUUUCUCUAGUCGCAAAUGUUAGAUUGGGGGUGCAGUGUUGUAAAGGUGUUGCUGCCUUCGUUUUAUAGAUCGUUGCGGGCAAUAAAGGCAGGAAAGUGACACAACAAAGGCAGCUCGGGACCACUGGUUGUCUUCUUUCUCGAGUUUGCCCUUGAAAUCGAAGGUAAGCAGCUCAAAAUUCUGGGUACAAUUGUCAUUGGAUUGGAAAACCCUAGGACAGAAUAAUGUUAUUAGGUGGUUCUGCCUUUGUUGUUUAGUGAAUUAAAAACUAAUUAAACUAGGUUAGUUACUUAAUUGUGAUUAGAGGGUUAAUUAAUUAAGGGGUUUUAUGGUACUGUUCAAAUAGAAAUGAAUCCAGCAUUGAAAUGAGUUCCAUGAAUGCUUACUGCUUUUAGUUUAGCCCCAGCUUUGUAGUAAAAAAGGAAGGGGAUUCACCAAAGCACAGCCAAAUUUAAGCAUCAGAGUGAAUAUAACUAGUUGAGCAAUAAGUUUCCACUUAACCUGAUUACUUAUUUACUGCUUCUAGUUUAAUCGAUAUAACUAGUUGACACAACAAGAGAUAUUAACCAGGAUGAUAUUAACCAUGAUUAUUGCUUACUUACCAAAGUGUUGGUGUGCCUUGUACAGAUGGUGAGUCAUGGGAAGAGCAUGAUCCAAAUCAGGCAGCCAAUUCCGGUGAAGACAAUUCAGCAAAUGAAGGUGAAGCUGCCCAUUCUGUAGCUCGACAAUUGGUGCAUGUGUAUGACUCAGACGAUGCAGACACCUCCGAUGAUGAAUACCAUGAAGCAAGGAACAACCUUCGAGCUUACGGUGAGAUGAGAAAAAGAAAGGUGAAGACAAGGGUUGUUGGUCAUGGGGAGGAGGUGGAACAGUUGGAUGAGUUCGAAGAGGUGGAUUCUGAAGAUGGAGAAUCUUUAGAUGAGGUAGAAGAAGGAGGAGGUUUAGAGAAUGACAAUGUAGUAGAGGGAGGUGAAGCUUCUGAAAAUCAGCAAGCACCUCCAACUGAGCAAGCACGUAGGGAGACAUCAGCCCAUUCGAGCUAUAGACUGUCUGAGGAGUCUGACCACGUGCGAGGCAACUUAUCCGACGAGGCGAGUGCUGAUAUAUUCGACUAUGCACCACACUAUGAUCCUGAGUGUGACCGCAAGAAGUUGCAGUUCGUUGCUCGUAUGAAGUUCGAAGAUCCGGAGCAGUUUAAGAGUGUUGUAGUGUUGCAUUCCGUAGCAGCUGGGGCAUGUUUGAGGUGGGUUAGGGUUAACCCUUCGAGGUUAGAAGUGAAGUGUAAGGACAAGAACUGCAAAUGGCGAGUUUAUGCAAGCUGGUUUAGGAAGAAACAAUCCUUCAUGGUGAGGAAGGUGGGGCUGCCACACUCAUGUUCGAGGCAGCUCAGGGUUAAUCAAGUGACUGCCAAGUGGAUAGCCAAAGAUAUGUUGGAUAGGUUCAGGAUCAAUCCAGAAUGGGCACCAGAUCAAAUCAUGGCCGAGGUGAAGUUGAAGCAUAACAUUGAUGUGAAGAGAAGGACGUGUUACAGGGCUAAGGUGGCAGCCAUUAAACUCCUUCGUGGAUCGUUGAAGGAUGAGUACAAGAAGGUACGGUCAUACUUGGGUGAGCUGAAGAAACGAGACCGGGAUGGGAGGUUUGUUCUAGAAGUUGAGCCACAUCCUACUCAAGAAAAGGUCUUCUUCCAGAGAAUGUUUAUCGGGACAAUUGUGAAGUUUAGGGGGAUGAGAAUUAGGAAGAGGGUGGAGAAGGAGAAGGAAUGGUCGAGACUGUGUAUUGCUAGGCAGACCUUGGAUUCCAAAUGUGAGGUCAAAAUGGGUGAUUCGGGUUACAUUGUUGACCUCAAUGACAAGAGUUGUACCUGUGGAUAUUGGAAGUUGAGUGGCGUGCCUUGCUGCCAUGCGGUCUCAGCAAUAUCCCACUUGAGAAAGGAAGUGGAUGAUUAUGUUCAUCCUUGCUAUCAUACUCACCAUGUGUCUGAAGGCUACAAGGUCGGCAUUCCUUGCUUAGAUGGCAGGCAAGCUUGGCGAGAAGGGAUGGGACUUCCAGUACACCCUCCCAAGCAAAGGGCCAUGCCGGGCAGGCCUAAGAAGAACAGGAGAAAGGCUGCACACGAGUUAGAAACUCGACCACAAAGGAAUGGAGUUGGAGAAGAGGUAACUAGAAGGGGCAGUGUAAUACAUUGUUCAAAGUGUGGUGGUGAGGGGCAUAAUGCUAGGGGAUGCAAGGCUUCUACUGCUGACUGUCAGGCCUAUACAAGAGCUCGAAACACAACUCCAGCUGCUACGGGGAGGCCUACUGCUAUUGCAGGAGAUGGAAUUAAUAUUGCAGCCCCUACUGCAGAUGGUGGGAACCACAAUACUGACCCUACUACAAGGAAGAAGAGAGUCGCCCAUUGUUCGAAGUGUGGUAGUGUCACACAUAACGCGCGAACUUGCCCUCUCAACCAAGGUGCCGGAGUCCAAGAUAUUAGAUUGAACGUUGGUGAUCGAAGGACGAUUGAAAGAGAGAUGCGAAUUGCAACAAGUGGGGUGGGAGUGUAUGUAAAUGAGGCUACUGGAAAUACUUAUGUGAGGCUUGCCGGAGCACGAGGGCGUCCUGUUGGUGGUAGUCAGCCCACUGAGGUAGACAUGCAAGGAAGCCAGCCCCCUACAAUGCAACCUUAGACUACCAAACUUAGCAUGGGUCACUUUUUAUUUGAAUAUGUCGGUUAUAAUGACCUCCGUGGAGGAUUUUUUUGGGUAUGUGACUCAUGUAAUCAGCCGGCAUUGGAACAUUAUGUUAGGAACAGAUGUUAGGGUUUUAAAACUUAUGUAAUUCAGGUGAACUUAUGUUAUUUAUUAGAAGUAAAGACUUGUGUAUUUC